AUGCUAACGCAAGGCAUCGCGUCAUCACCAGAUUACACUGGCCCUCUACCCCUUCUGGUGAAGCAUCAGCCAAUAGGAUGGGGGAACAAUGCCUGUGGUGCUGAUCCUCCAAUCAGCGAUUCAGCUCCCCACCACCGAUUGGAUGGCUGCCAUGGCAACAAUCCCCACGGCCAGGGGCACGACGACGACGACUUCCGAGUGGACAUUGAAGUUUUCAGCUGCCGACCAAUGAGGAUCGGCGUGCAGCCCUAUCGAUCACCGGCACAACCCACGCACUAUCGCCAUGGCAACGAGGCGGGGGGAGGACUGCGCGUGCGCAGAGUGCGCCUGUCUGUCCUCGCGCUAAACCCGAUCUAUCGAAGGAGGCGAAGGAGGCUAAACGGCACAGGCAUCACCGCAACCUCGCUCGGACGUCGCCGACACCACUGGAAGAAACACUUUCUCAACAGAGUUAUAUUUGAAAUGGAAUCUUUCAAAAUCAGCGACGAUCAAGUACGAGUGGCAACGGAGACCUUCAAGAAGUUUGACAAGCGUGGCCAGGACAAGAUCAGCACAAACGACCUAGGCCCGGCCUUUCGGGCUCUCAAGGUCCCCAUCACGCCUGACCUCAUCAAGGAGUGGGCAGAUGAAGUGGACGACGACGCUACUGGUUUCAUCGAUCUGAAGGGGUUUCUCUCGGUGUACUGUAAGAUCCUCCAGAAUGAACAGGAUGAGCAGGACCUGCGACAGGCUUUCCGUGCGCUAGACAAGAACGGCAAGGGUGAAAUCGACGUUGAAGAUCUGCGAUGGAUCCUCAAGGAACUUGGCGACGAUCUUACCGAGGAAGAAAUCGAUGAAAUGAUUCGCGACACCGAUCGUGACGGAUCUGGUUUCGUCGAUUUCAGCGGUGAGGUUUCCAAAGUUUGA